GGCCCGGGGCCCGCGGGGAGGGAGGGGACGCGGGGAGGGACGCCCCGGGGACAGCGGGUGACAAAGGGCCGUCCCCAGGGUGCCACGAGCUCGUCGGGUCCAUCUUCGACUUCGCCCAGAGCCUGUGCGCGCUGCGCUUCUCGGAGAGCGAGGUGGCCCUGUUCAGCGCACUCGUGCUCGUCAACGCCAGCCGGCCGUGGCUGCAGGACCGCCCGCGGGUGGCCCGACUCCAGCGACACUUGGACGUGGCCUUUCGGCUCCUGCUGCGCCGGACCCGCCGCGAGGGGCUCCUGGACAGGCUGCCCCCCCCGGGCCGGUUGCGGGCUCUGUGCUCGCAGCACCUGGAGCAGCUCCAGGCCUUUCGCCGCCUCCACCCCGGGGGGGUCUCGGCCGCCUUCCCCCCCCUCUACCGAGAGCUCUUCGCCCCCGACGCCGCCGACGCCGCCCCCGCUGAGCCCCACCCCGGGGGCCGGGACCACCGGGACCAUCCCUGCACCCGCUGA